UGGGGUUAAGCCCCUCGCAAAACACAAUUUAAAAACAAAUACGCAUACCUAGGGGAGACCCCUCGCAAAUAGGAGAUGAGGGAAAUUUUGAUUUUGAAAAUUUGCAUUGCGAGGGGAUACCCCAAGCAAACUAAAGUGGCGCCAAAAAUAAAAUUCAUUCUGCAACUAGUACAGAAUUUAGCGAGGGGAUAACCCCAAGGAAAAAAAAGUACAGAUUUUAGCGAGGGGUAGCCCCUCGGAAAAAAGACAGUACUGUCUCAUUAACUGGCGCAAACAGACUGCGCGUGCAGUCUCUAUUUUCAAGGUGAAAUUUGCGAGGGGUCACCCCACGCCCCCUUUGACCGUUUCUUUUCCGUGGGGCUGCCCCUCGCUGAUGUCUGACCCCAUGUGCACGCAUUUACUUCAUCUUCUCUGUUUCCGAACGUUACCCAUUUCAAACCUACAUAUUUAUCUUCUUCUUCCUUUAACCAAAAUACCCAUUCAUCUCACAACCCCAUUUAUCUUCUUCUUCCUCACAACCCCAUUCAUCUCAAAUCUCAUUCAUCUCAACCAACAACAUCAUAAUUUACAGAAGACAAAAUCUUGGAAGAAAGAUCUUAUAAUUUGAAGGGAAUCUUCAGGCUAGAGGUUAUCUUCAAUUAAGGAAAAGAUGCCACCCAAAAAAGAUGAAAAAGGUAAGGGUCAACUAAAGCCUCGUCGCACUAGAUUCAUUGUAGAGGAGGUUCCUAACUCAGAUAUGUUCGUUCCUAUGCCACGUUCUACUCCACGCUCUACUCCACCGCCUAUGCAUCCUACACCGCCUAUGCAUCCUACACCGCCUAUGCAUCCUACACCGCCCAUGUCUGGAUCUUUCACUGGAUUACUAUCCAUGCCCCCUGGAUCAGGUUUUUUUUGUCCUCCUGGAUACUCUUACCCCACAUAUUUUCCUACAGAGACAGGUGGAUCAAGCAUGCCAUUACCCAUGCAUAUGGGGACAGGUGGAUCUGGUAGCAUGCCAUUACCCUUGCAUAUGGGGACAGGUGGAUCUGGUAGCAUGCCAUUACCCAUGCAUAUGGGGACAGGUGGAUCUGGUAGCAUGCCAUUACCCUUGCAUAUGGGGACAGGUGGAUCUGGUAGCAUGCCAUUACCCAUGCAUAUAGAGACAGGUGGAUCUAGCAUGCCAUUACCCAUUCCUUCAGAGGAUGAUACCAGUGCUCCUGGAGAUACCAGUGCUCCUGGAGAUACCAGCGCUCCUGGAGAUACUAGUGCUGAGGAGCAAACAAAGAGGAAGCGUAUUUUGAAAAAAAAUACGACUCAAAAAAUUAAGUAUCAUGAGGGCAGACUAUGCAUUUAUCCCGAUGCAGGAUCAAUUGUUCCCUCACAUCAGGCAGUAUCGAUCAUAACAAAUAUUAUAAAAGAGAAGUACACACAAUUUUGGGCGUCUUAUGGAGCUGUAGAUGAAGAUGAGAGGGAAAAAUGGUUUCAGGCAUUUCAGGAGCGUUGUGUUUGGGAUGUUAGAGAUGAGGCCGCGAUUAAAGAAAACUUUCACACAAAAUGUGCUGCUCGAUUUUCUGAUACCAUGAGGAAUGUUAGACUUAAAUGGGAAGCAAAAGGGACACGUCCACGUUGGAUAGGAGAAGAUAUAUUCCCACAGCUUGUUGAUCAUUGGAAUUCUGAUAAGUUUAAGGAAAUAUCUGAGCAGGCAAAGAAAAAUAGAGCAUCUGAAGUUGGUGGCUGCAACUAUGCAGCGGGAAGCAUUAGUGUGGCUGAAGUUGCGCGAAGGAUGCGUGAAGAAUUAGGCAGAACUCCACUUCUUAAUGAGCUCCACAUGGAGACUCAUCUCAAGAGAAAUGGAGAGUUUAUUGACGAGCGCGCAAAAAUCACUCAAGAGAAUUUUGAUAAAGAACUUGCCAUAAAGUUGUCAGAGCAUCCUGAAAUACCCGAACCACCACCGGGGUAUCCUGUUGACCCCAGUCUUGGUUUUCAGACUUGGUAUAAGGUUUCAGGUGGAAAGAAGAAAAAUGGGAGAGUGUAUUGUACUGGAGGGUAUUCCAAAAAUAUCAAGCGGCGUAGUAGAGAUUUCAAAAUGAGGUAUGCUGAUGGAGAAGGAUCAUCCACUCCACCUAUAUUAACCGCCGAAAUGCUUGAAACUGUGAGAAACUUGGCAAAUACUGAGGCAGCACAACAAGUAGCAGCAAGAAAUUUGGAAAUUGAAGAGAUGAAGAGAAAACAAUUAGAGAUGCAGGAGGAAAUGCAAAGAAGAGAAAGAGAAUUACGGGAAGAAAUGAGGAGAGAAUUUCAGGAAGAAAUGAGGAGGCAGACACAGGAAUACCAAGAAGCAAUGCGAAUUGCAAAUGAGCGGUCACAAAGGUUUGAUCAGUUUUUUGCUUCACAAAAUAUGAGUGGUGGUGGAUUUGGAGGAACUAGUGGAUAUGGAGGAGCUGAUGAAGAAGAGGAGGAACAAAAUGGGGGGAAUAAUUAA